AUGGCGGCGGAGGGGGAGGACCCGCUGGGCUAUUUCGCGGCCUACGGCAGCUCCAGCUCCGACUCGGAGCCCGAAGAGCCGCAGCCCGACGAGCGCCCGGCGGGAGCCGCCGCGGCCUCGGGGGGCACCCCGGGGCGGUCGCGGCUGCCGCCGCCCGACGAGCUCUUCCGUCGGGUGUCGCAGCCGCCCGCCUUCCUCUACAAUCCGCUCAACAAGGAGAUCGACUGGGAGAGCCGCGUGCUGCGGGCGCCCGAGGAGCCCCCCAGGGAGUUCAAGGUGUGGAGGAGCAACGCCGUGCCCCCGCCGGAGACCUACAGCCCGCCCGAGAAGCCGCCGCCGCCGGCCCCCACCCUCGACAUGGCCAUCAAGUGGUCCAACAUCUACGAGGACAAUGGCGACGACGCGCCCCGCCAGGCCGGCAAAGCCAAGUUCCUGCCGGACGAGGAGCAGGAGCCCCUGGAGUCGGAUGGUGAAAAAGACGAGGAACCAGCUUCUGCUAAGAAACGUAAAGUAGAGUCUGGAGAACAGGCAAAGAAGAAGAAGAAGAAGGUAUAAGCAGGGUGUUUUGGAUUUAGACAUAAUGAGAAUUUCAAGGAACUUGGAUUCCUCUGCUGAGAUGGGAAACAAAUACGUGUUUACUGCAUUUCUCUCUCGGGUAGGGAAUUUUAUUUCUGUAGUGUGCUUGCCUUUUGGAAAGCACAAAAUUAAAUGGACAGUGUUGUGGUAAAACUUGUUUACUGACCAAAAUUUAAACCUGUUUAUUUGAAACAAGGAUUUAGAUGAAAGAUUCAUUGCCAUGGAUACUUGUGCUCAUGCAGGUUACAGGGCUUCACAGUAUUUUGUUUAUCAAGAAACCUGGUAACGUGCGUUCUUCUGGACUGACUUUUCCAUUGUGUCAAAACCUUUUAUAAAGGAGUAUAUACUAAAGAUUUUUUAGGUACUGGUCUGUGAUAUGUUCACAUAAUGUUGUUUUUAAAUAUAUGUAUAGACUGCAAAUAGUCACUGGAAUAAAACUACAUUUGAAAACAUCUAUGGUAUAAAUAUUGCAUUGCAUGCUUGGUGAAUAGGAGCAAUGAAUUCUGUAUUAUAUGCCAUUCACUGAUAUGUGACGUAACAGAUUCCUCAGGGCUUUUUUGUUCAAAUAAAUACACAACUACAAACUGAAAAAAAAAUGGACCUAAAACUGAGUUUAAUAUUUUACAGUUAUUUUAUUGUUAUGGUAUGUUCAUCAGUGAAACAUGAGACUAACUGAUGGAAGGAGAAUUGAAGCAUGUAAUGUGUUCUUCCUGAAACAGAAAAUAGAAUCAAGAUAUUUAUGUGGACAAAAAUUAUGACAAAGCUGUGAUAGAGUCUUUGCUGCCAAAUUGUAUUUAUUUCAGUACAAACAGUUGGUAUUCCUCUCAAAGUGAUAGCCAGUAUAUGUUGCAUUUGUGGUAUGCUGCUGAAUGGGGUUUUGGGUCUGUAUAUGACAAGGUACCAGCAGGUAUCAGCUUGUACUGGAUUGGAGAAAAGGUUGCUGUAUGUUUUCAGAUAAAGAUUCUGUGCCUUAGAAAAUCUGCAGUGAGAUUAGUGCCUGCUAAUAGAGAUUCAUGUAAUUAAAUUGUUAAUGUAAAAAUUUUUGGUUUCUAUUUUUCCUCUGUCUUGGACUAGCUUUACUUUAGCAGAGCAGAUUCUGUAUACAUAUGUGCUAAUAUGAUGUUAAUAUUUCUAAGUGAUUUUAAGAGAUUUUUUUUUAACCUCAAUAU